CAUUUCCUCCUCCUCCCUUCUCCUCUCCUCUCCUCUUCUCUUCUCUUCUUUUUCCCCCACUCCACGUAUAUAUUAAUGUUGUCCUCCGCCUAAACUGCUCCUCCUCCUUCUCUCUCUCUCUCUCUCUCUCACCGUUGUCUAAUCUAAUCUAAUCUAAUCUAUCCUGUUCCUCCCUGAAGGGCCGGCGCCUGUUUGCCCAGGUUUCUGAUUGCGAACGCUCUUUUCUUCAGUCUCCCACUCCAUCCAUACCGGCAGUUUUGCUUAUGAUAUCCGAGAAUUCUUGGUGAGCGGGUCUCUCUGUACGUAUGGCAUUUAUGGCGGCCAAGGUUCCUAGCAGUCCGAUAGCAACUCACAGGGCAGUGAUGAGUAGUCCAUCACACAAAACAGCAGAUUCCGCUGCCAAAUCACCCUUGUCCAACCACUGUUCGCGCUUGAGCAGUAGCAGAGGUCUCUUGCUGAGGAAAUUCGACUCUUUAAAUGAGCGCCUUUCUUGUCUGUUUGCAAGAACCUGGAGGCCGAGUGGUCAUCGGCAGUCUCCGGCUGUGCACUGGUCCACCAGACCUCAGGAUACGGAGACUAAAGAAUGGCCCACACCUUAUGCUGAUUGCUCAGAUGUUCCUCGGCAGGAAAAUUUGAGGGGAGAUGCCAGAAAUGAGCAGCUGAGGAUGCAUGAGAGCGAUGCCAAGUCAAGUCAGGGUCUAGCUGAAGCUUGCAGGUUCAUUCAUAAUGAUGCUAAGUUCGUCAACGAAAGGGCUCGCAACGACAUUGUCUUGCUUUCUCGAGGCAUAAUGAGAUUGGAUGCCCGUGCCCGUCAAGAUGUUGCCAUUCUUGGCUCAGAGUUUCUUAAGCUCAAUGCUCGGGCAAGAGAGGAUACUGAAAAGAUUGACCGGAAUAUGAAGAAGAAAGCUGAGCGCCUUCAUCAUAUUGCGACUAUCCUGAAGAACAAGGCCCAGUCCAAACUGAAAACUGCUGCGGAUCAGCAUUGGAGUGAUGGAGCCUUGGAGGCUGAUUUGCGCCUCGCUGAUUUCCGUGCCAAACAACGAGCUAUGGAAGAUGCUUUAAUGGCCUUGGAGUUUGUUAAGAACAUCCAUGAUAUGAUGGCGAGCAAAAUGUACAGAUUCCCUUUGCGUACGGAAGAGGAUUCUCCUUCACGCAGUGACUUGAUGGGACGUAUAAUGCUGGAAAAGAAUGGGAAAGCUCUCGAGUUCUUUCCAGGGGAAGUAUCAACUGACCGAAUAACUGCUAUCCAGGAAGCUUACUGGAGCAUGGCAUCUGCACUCUCGGAGGCUGAUGGAAUUGAUUAUACUGAUCCUGAGGAGCUUGAAUUGCUUAUAACAACUCUCAUCGAUCUCGAUGCAAUGGAUGGUAAGAGCAGUGUAUCCCUGUUGGCAGAAUGCUCAAGUUCCCCUGAUGUUAAUACUAGAAAAGCAUUGGCCAACGCACUCGCCACAGCUCCAUCAAUGUGGACUCUCGGGAAUGCGGGAAUGGGAGCUCUUCAGGAAGGGGAAAAAAAAUGCAUUCGUCUUUGGCUUUCUUCUACAGAGAUUGGCAGAGGACAGCAACCCAGCGAUUGCUGCUGCCGCGUCAAAGGCUAUCAACGAGUUAAAGAAUCAGUGGGAAAUCAAGGAAGGUGAUAGCUGGAGAUUCAUGGUGGAUCAAGAGACGAGGGACGAUGCGGACAGCAAUGGAGUGGAAGGAAAUGCAGAUAUAUAGAACCAGAUGAGAGACCCAGCAACCACACUGUAGAUAUCUAUUUCAAUAUUUGUUCAAGCUCUAACUGAUGUUUAGGAAGGGUGAACAGGCCAGGCCAGCGCCGCAUUACUCGCAAUGAAUGAUAUGGAGGAUGGAGAAGAGGGGAAAAUGUUGCAAUGCUAAUGUUAUGUUGCUGGGAGCUCAAUGCCAAGGGAAGUCCCUCCCGAUAUGCAAAGCAAUGUAUAUAGUUAAGUUAGUUAUCAUCUCCAUCUCCUACUGUGCUUAGGCGAAAGCGCAACGGUUAUAAAUGUGGAUGCAAUUAUUUAUAGUCA